AUGAGUUCAAAAAUACUUUUGCCGGUUAUUAAUGAUAGGGUAUUAAUAUUUGAUAUAGAAGAUAUUAAAAAGCUAAGAAAUUUAGGAAUACUUGGAAUACUUAGUGGAACAUUGCCUAAAGCUCCUCAACAGAAUAUUUUUCUUGGUAUUCCUUUACAAUUAAGUGUUAAUGAAGCUUUAUGGUUAAUUGAACGUGAAUAUGGAGUUCUAGUGGAUAGUAAGGAAUUACAUAAGAAGAAGAACGAAUCAUCUAAAGAGGGUAUAGAGGAAAACGCAAAUAAUGAGUUUAUAAGAAUUCCAAAUACCUUUAAACCUAGUGAAGAAUUAUCACCAAUGGAUUUAAAAGAUUUUAUCUCAUUGCAAUAUUCCACGCAAGACGAGUUAGAGAGCUUAAUACGAGAUUAUCAUACUUUUAAAACAGUUAGGGAUAAGGGAUUUUUUAUUUUGCCUGGCCUUAGGUUUGGAGGAGAAUUAAUCGCCUACCCUGGUGAUCCAUUGAGAUAUCAUUCUCAUCUUAUAAUAAAUACUGCUUAUAAAAGUAUAAAUUUACUUGAUGUGAUUACAGGAGGUAGACUUGCGACUGGUGUGAAAAAGGUCUGGCUUAUAGUAGGUGAUGAUGAGGAGCAAUCUAACAUAACUAAUGACUUAGUAGGAGAGUUUACGAAGGAUGCAGAACCUAUGAGUUUUUCUAUCGAAUGGGCGGGAUUCGGUUAG